AGAGAUCUCACUCCACAGACACAGUUGCGGGCACACCUACACUAUUUAUAAUCCUUUGUUUACUUUGCUAAUUUUUCACUUAACCUUUAUGCUACUUCAAAAUAUUUAUUUUAAUUCGCUUUCUGCAACGAUUGACGCACAUUUUACCCCAAUUCAACCCUCUCUAUAUACUACUACACAUCUAUGACCUUCGAUGUCGUCAUAACUACGAAAGUAAACAAAGAAACUCUAUAGAAGCAAGCCACCGACUCUGUCAACUCCACCAUUCCGCUGUUUUUUUUACUCUAGUACUUUAUAAAUAAGCAAAUAUGACAGACAGAAGCACCGAAAUCAAGAAUUCGUUGAAUCAGAAGCUCAUAGAGACAGGGGAAAAGGAACGCCUCAAAGACAUGCUGAGGCAAAGGCUGACUGAAUGCGGUUGGAGAGACGAACUUAAGGAACACGCAAAAGAUAUUGUGCGACAAAGAGGGUUGAAACAAAUUACUGUUGAUGACCUAGUGAAAGAAAUAACUCCACAAGGAAGAGAUUUGGUCCCAGACACAGUAAAACGUGAACUUCUGGCAGAGAUCAAGAAAUUUUUGGCAUCACAAGCUCAGUAAUUAUUGGAUGCUUGACUUAUUGUAAUUCAGUGUAAUUUAUUGCCUUUUUGUAGUUUAUAAUGAUAUCCAGAUACAUCCUUCAUAUACAGUAUUCUCCAUUCAUUGUAUUGUUAGGUUUUAUAGUUUGAAUCAUCAUUACCUUUGGUUUAACUAUGAAGGGUAAACUUUGAUAAGAAACUUUUGCCUCAGUUAAAAGUAUAAGUUAGUACAGAAUAGCAGGGAUGUAAUUGUCAUCGUAUUUGGGAAUUGGGUGAAUGAAGUUUUUCAUAUACCUGCUCUAAAUUAGUGACCAAAUUUAUUUUUAGGUGAUUUUUUUUUAGUCAUUACUCAUGUACUUGACUUGUGUUCAGAAUACUUGACACAUUUGUUUAUGAUCGAUCAAGUACAUUUGUGCCUUGCAUUUGUAUAAGACACUGGAUUUGAUAGCUGCUAAGUACAUUUCUUUAAUGGAUCAGUGAGUUUUACCUUUUUUAGAGCACUCUUGCAGCCAUCUAAAAGUAAUCUCAGGACAGUGUAAGAGCUUAUAUGCCCAAACGAUAUACUAUAAGUGUUCAGCUCUUGACUUUUUAACUGUUCAGUAAAGAGAAUAAGUUCAGUAAUAUGCAAUAUCUUUCUGUAUUUAUCUGAAAUUCAGCAUAAAGAAGGAAUUUCAGCUCCUGUACAGAAAAUCCUACCACAGAGGUUGUUGAGAGACAAGACAAUUUUUUUAAAGAUGAUGUAGAAUGCAGAAAAAAAAAAUGAUUUCAUUAGGCACUGCAGAAAAAUAAUUAAAAAGCAAAAAAACACUUAAACUAUUAAAAUAAACUCAGAAUGUACGACAAAAUGUGCCAAGAAUAGGUUCAUAAUUUUUCAUGUAUGGUAUUUCUUAAUCAUGAAAAUGUUUAAUAGGAUUCUCUAGUGUUGACAAUUGUGGUAAGUCAGCAUUGUCAAGCCUUCAUAAUAUUUGUAUGACAUGACAAUGUAGGUCAUAUCACUUUUCAUAAAAUUGUAUUGUCUUAAUGGAAAACUUGACUAAAACUGUAUUUAGCAAUUCAUAUUUUCUCAAGUUUUUUGUUGCCAUGUGAGUAGCCUCCUGAUAGGAAUAGUUCUUUUUUUUAUUUCCAUUUCAUAUAAAAAUAAAACUAGGUCAUGGUUGUAUACAAAAAUAAUUAAGCUUCAACUUCUCCCGAAGCUUUGUAACCAGCUCCCAAAAAAUGCUUAGUUCAACACUUACCAUCACAAAAAGUCAGUGUGAAGCGUAGUUCUGGUGUAAGAUAUUAUUUAUUCAUUAGGAUUGCUCAAAUAAACUAUGAAACCUCAGUAGUUAUACUUGGGGAAGGAGGGCAAAAGACAUUUUGCUGCUCUAAUAUAGGUGGCUAGUACCUUUGUUGGUGAAUAGUACAUUAAAUUGCCGUCUGUUACAAAUUUUCUAAACACAGAUAUAAACAUUUGAUAAAGAUAACACACAGGCUGAACCACUAGCAUUUACCUAUUGAGACGAGAUGUUCAUUUUAUGCACACGUAGUAACUGGAACUUGCAUGCAACUGUAGUACAGGCAUUUGUACAUACACUUGGCCUCUGGUUUACAGUUGAGAUUUUUUUACCAGCAUUACUCCGUUACAAAAUUUUUUACAAUCUGAGAUUGACAUCAACAACUUUCUAUAUUGUGCUAGUUCAUGUAGUUUAACUUGGUGGUAUGCCAGGGAGGACAUACAAAGAACAGGUUUUGUUCAUUUGCUUCACUUAAUGAGAGUCCCACUUCAGUAGAGAGAAAACAGAUACCAGUGGAUUUGCGAUUGCUUUAAUCAUUGUUAAACAUGGAACAUUUGUUGCUCUCGGUUUGAGAGAAAAAUUUUUUUCCUUUUGUAAUUCUUAAAGAUAAUUCAGUAUUAAAGGUAAUACAGUAUAAGUUACAAAUUUGGAUGCACUGCAGUUCUCAAGGGGUAAGUGUCACCAAUUUGAUCGACACAAAUCACUCUAACAUUUAAUCAGUAUAUCCAUUAUUUUAAUUUUAUUUGGUUUUCUUUUUCAUAUAACCAUUUUUCUCUCCAUUUAAAAUAUAUUAAGACUACUGCUGUGAGAUAACAAUUUCAACUCAAGUGCUGUAAUUUGUGCUAUAAAUAUGUAAAUAACCAAGAUUGCACACAAGUGAAUUUCUCUGUUGAAUUUGACUUAUGAUUAUUGCUUCACAUUUGUUAGCCACAAGUAUCAAGGGAAUGGUCCCUGCAUACCAUCUUAUUUUAAUUGUAAUGUGUAUGUUAGUACUGUACUACAGUAAUAAGCUUUGAGCACUUCAUUUGUACUGUUUUGUCUUGAACUUUGACGACACCACUGUACCUGAACCAUCAAUAAGCAUGCAUUGUAAGUACUGUAUUUCAGUAUAAAGUUUUAUGAAUGACCAAAUAAGAAAGAGUAUCAUU